GUUUAAUCAUAUUGGCGCAUUCGAGUGAGGCUCUGGGUCAGGAAAUGGUAAAGGGUGGGCAGGUCUCUCCCUUUCAACGUCGUAUUGAUACGUCAACAAAAGAUGAUUCCUCACAAGGCGAUUCUAAAUCUGACGCCAAGUCUUCUAAACCUGAAAAACCCAACUCAAAAAAUGAUGCUGAGUCUGAUGUGCAGACUUCAAAAAAAACUAUAGUUUCUGAAAAAAAGAGCUCAAAAAAUGAUGCUGAUGAUUCUACUCAGAAACCGACUCAAGUUUCUAAAAGUUCCCAAAAAAAUCAAAAUUCUGAAGUUUCUAAGAGUUCCUUAAAAAAUGUUGACAUUAAAGAACCUGAUGUGCGACCGGCUCAAGUUUCUAAGAGUUCCUUAAAAAAUGCUGAUGUUAAAGUGCCUGAUAAAGUGACUAAUAAAGUGCCUGGUAAACAGAGUUCGUCAAACAAUGUUCCUAAAGAAUCUUCUUCAACCUCAAAACAGAAUUCAGAUUCAAACAAAGCUAAUGCCAAAGUGUCUGAUAAACAAUCUUCAAAGCCGACUAAAGUUUCUAAGAGUUCUAAAGAAUCUAAUAUACAUUCUUCGACCUCAAAACUGACUUCAGUUUCUAAGAGUUUCUCAAAUGCCAAAGUGCCUGAUAAAAAACCUUUAGAGCCGACUCAAGUUUCUAAAAGUUCCUCAAAAAAUGGUUCUAAGGAAUCUAAUAUACAUUCUUCGACCUCAAAACAGACUCCAGUUUCUAAGAGUUCCUCAAACAAAGCUAAUGACAAAGUGUUUGAUAAACCGACUAAAGUUUCUAAGAGUUCUAAAGAAUCUAAUAUACAUUCUUCAACCUCAAAACAGACUCCAGUUUAUAAGAGUUCCUCAAACAAAGCUAAUUCCAAAGUGUCUGACAAACAACCUUCAGAGCCGACUCAAGUUUCUAAGAGUCCCUCAAAAAAUGGUCCUGAAAAAUCUAAUGUACAGUUUUCGACCUCGAAGCCGACUUCAAAAAAUGGUCCUAAAGAAUUUAACAUACCUUCUUCAACCCCAAAACAGACUCCAGUUUCUAAGAGUUCCUCAAACAAAGCUAUUGCCAAAGUGUCUGAUAAACAACCUUCAAAGCCGACUCAAGUUUCUAAGAGUCCCUCAAAAAAUGGUCCUAAAAAAUCUAAUAUACAGUUUUCGACCUCGAAGCCGACUUCAAAAAAUGGUCCUAAAGAAUUUAACAUACCUUCUUCAACCCCAAAACAUACUCCAGUUUCUAAGAAUUCCUCAAACAAAGCUACUGCCAAAGUGCCUGAUAAACAACCUUCAGAGCCGACUCAAGUUUCUAAGAGUUCCUCAAAAAAUGGUCCUAAAAAAUCUAAUGUACAGUCUUUGACCUCGAAGCCGGCCCAAGCUUCUAAGAGUCCCUCAAAAAAUGGUCCUAAAAAAUCUAAUGUACAGUCUUUGACCUCGAAUCCGACCCAAGCUUCUAAGAGUCCCUCAAAAAAUGGUCCUAAAAAAUCUAACAUACCUUCUUCAACCUCAAAACAGACUCCAGUUUAUAAGAGUCCCUCAAAAACUGGUCCUAAAAAAUCUAAUGUACAGUCUUUGACCUCGAAUCCGACCCAAGCUUCUAAGAGUUCCUCAAAAAAUGGUCUUAAAAAAUCUAACAUACCUUCUUCAACCUCAAAACAGACUCCAGUUUAUAAGAGUUCCUCAAGCAAUACUGCUAAAAAAUCUAAUGUACAGUCUUUGACCUCGAAGCCGACUAAAGUCACAAACAGUGCUGAUGCUAAAGUGUCUGGUAAACCUCCAAAACCGACUCAUUCUAAGA